AUGGCAGCCAACAGGCAUAUCCAUGAGGCCACAGCCGCACACCAAGCCGAGGUUGAGCGUCGGGCCCAGAUGGCUCAGGCCGAGGAGGAAUCGGCGGAAUUACUUGCCCGUGGGCCGCCUGACAUGCAAUGGACAUCUGCUCUUGAUGAACCGCCCGAGCAUCACCCUCUGAGUGAUGUUGCCCCAUCGGAAUUGCAAGAUGACUUGCAUUUUAUCAAUGAGGACAAAUACUUCGAUAAUCCGGCUGUCCCUCGGAGUGUUGCCUCGUCUAAUUGGAGCACAAGCAGCGAGGAUGGUGGAUGGGAUGGUAUGGUUCCGGACGAUGUGCCGCCAGUGGACUAUCAGACCCCACAUACCGCUGGAACGUCGGAGAGAUCUCGUACAAAGGGUGUUAAAAACCCAGAAUGGUGGCCCUUUCGCGCCAAGGAGUAUUUGAUUAGCUCCUUGGUCAUUGGUCACACCAGGACCAUCAUCUCUCGGAUGUUGUACCAACACAUCAAACUGAUGUUUAUCCUGUGUGGUACCCUACUGCCAGAUUGGACCACAGUUCGCCGUGGCAAGGCAAAGUUGCGCAAGAUGAUUGGAAUGGAUGUGAUUGGACGCCGAUCAGUCCUGAACCGCCCAGUCCACUACCUCAGCCUGAAGGCAACACUGGGUCUCGAGUUAGCAAACCCUCAGGUUGAGCCUCAUCUUCAUUACUAUCCCGAGCUCACCGAGGGGAGAGCUGUUUCUCGCCUGUCCCAGUCGUCCAAAUGGCUGAAAGAGCUCGGGCCUAACACUAGGGCACAGAUGGUGCAACACGGAGGUCACGAUUACUACUUGCAUGAGUUGGUCGAACUCAAGUCAAGUCUCAUUGUAGUCCCGGCUUACUUCUGUGAAUUCAAGGGGAAAAUGUAUGGCCUAUGCCAAACACCUGAAAUCCGGGCCUGUGAUCAAACUGGCCAGUUAAUUUUCUCGAUCACCAAGGACCCACCGUUUGACUCACCUCGGUUGACUCGCAUUGCGGUUGAAGAGUUUGGAAUGGAAUACCCUUCAAUGACUGUUGAGGGUGGGGGUCUCAUGUCCAAUCUCUGUGGUAACCAGAUUUACGAGAUCGGACACGACUGUGAUCCUAUUGGACCAAUAUUUAAUCCGUGGCGCUUGAAGGCAGCCGGACGAGUUAUUCGUCAUCUGCCAAUAUGCUUGUAUGCCGACGACACAUCGGGCAACAGUUCCAAGAAAUGGAACAAGCACAUUUCCUACUACUUUACCUUAGCUGGACUACCACCAAAGCUCACCAAUCAACAUUUCAAUUGCCAUUUCUUAUCCACAUCAAAUAGCGCUGGGGCCAUGGAACUGGCUGAGGGGAUUGUUGAUGAGUUGAUGGACUUGAUCAAUGACAGUUGUGUAGCAUAUGACAGCGGAAUUGGCGAAGAAGUUUUGGUAACAUCGACUCUUCUAUGUUUCUUGGCAGACAGUCCAAUGCAUGCAGAAAUCACAAGCACAGUCAUGCCAGGCAACUCUCGAAAUCCAUGCCGUGCAUGUGAUUUGUCAAUCAGCCACGAUGGGUAUUGGAUCAAGAAUGGGCUUCGUUCGUGGAUUGGCAUCAUUGCCAACUGUUAUCUGUUGUGGGACAUUGCAAAGCAGCCCAGGACAAAGACGCGAGUGGGUGUACUUGGGGGAGAUCUCGGAGUAAAAGACUCUGUAAACAACGAGAUCCUACUUUUGAAGUACAGUAUACUUUCGAACGGAGAUGCUGCUACCCCGGCCAACCAAGCAUUCACCAACAGAAUAGCUGAGAUUGAUUGCUCCGAUCAAGCCAGACUGUUCAACCCUUUCUUUAGAGUACCAGGCAAAUUUCACCCUUCUGCAUCAGAUUUCGAUGGGUGUGCUGAUACCCCGGUAGAGGUGCUGCACGUGUUCCUUCUUGGGAUAGUGAAGUACAUGGUACGAGACGUUAUGGGCCGAGUGCCCCCAGCUGAAUUGGGGAUCAUCGAGGGCUGGUACCGAGCUUUGCGGACUACUUCUCUGAACAUUCCGUCGCUAUCGCCGUAUUACAUGGCAAAACACUCCUCCAACUUUGUUGGGAAGGAGUUCAAGAUAGUUCUCCAGAGUGCCCCUUUUGUGCUGUUCAAUUAUUUCGACGAGAAGGAACGCCUUGCGUGGGGAGCACUGUGUCAACUGGCUCCGCUGGUGUUUCAAACAAAGAUAGAGGAUAUGGACUCGUACCUUGCUGAACUGCGAUUCCACAUACGAAAGUUCAUGUUUUACAUUAUCAGAACAACGGCGCAGUGGGUCAAUAAACCAAAGUUCCAUAUGUUGGUGCACUUGCCGGAUUCGAUUGAGCGGUUUGGGCCGGCAAGCCUCUUUGCCACCGAGAAGUUCGAGAGCUACAACGGUGUGUUGCGGAACGCUUCCAUUCACUCAAAUCGACAAAGUCCGGGGAAGGACAUUGCAAUUACCUUUGCCAACUACAAGACUAUCCGGCACCUUGCCUGUGGCGGACUCUUCAAGCACCCCAAGCACCCUAACGUUUACAUCGCAGCGGGCUCAGAGGUAGCUCGGCUUUUUGUGGACAACCCGCUUAUCCAAAAGUCGAUGGACUACAACCACUCCGUACCUUCGAGGGGUGGCAGUUUUCCCUACCCACUGAAUGCUCGCUUGCCUCCGGAGGAGAAGACACAGAUCCCACCACCGUUACAGUUGCAUCUACCAGGUCAGAAGCUUUUUCAGGUUGUUGGUUUCCAGUUGAAUGCUCAUCGGGCGCUCCGAAAGGGUGUCUUUGUAUUGGAUGUAGAGUCUACAAUCAACUUCCAGCACAAUUGCCAUGCUGGGGGGUGUGAGGUGACCCCAACUGGGAUGGUGUGGAUUGAGCGCGAAGAGUCAGAGGAGAACAACAACACAGCGGCGCAUCGGAACGCUGUACACUAUUUGGUCAAUUCGCUGGAGAUUCCGGGUGCGAGAGCACUACGUCUUUGGGCUGACAUCCCACUAGGCGAAGAUGAGGUGAGCCAACUCAUACCAAUGCUCAAAGAAGGCCUGGCAGUUUGGCUCAAUAGGGAAGACGAGGAUGGCUCUGAGGUGGAAUACUUUGAUGCUCCGUUGGGGGGGGAAGGAGAAUGA